AGGGUUCCUAAUGACCCUUGACUCCUCUAGUUUCCAGACCCCUUUCAUAGAAGACAGCAAAGGAAACGGGGGAGCGGGGAGCAGAGAAAGCGCGAGCGAUCCAUCUCGGGAGGUGGUGCCCUCUCCCCCAAGGCUUACUUGCUCACUCGGGUGGGUGCACUGAGAGACCCCCCCUCCCCAUCCCUUCAAGCCUCUUGGGGCUCUAUGGGAUGGGGCGAGGGCAGAGCGUGAGCGCUAGUGGGGGGUAAGAGCUAGGCCGGAAGGAGGGAGCAGCCCCGCCUCCACCCAGGUCGAAGGGGGCUCCAGGUGUCUUUCUCCACCCCAUUAUCUCCCCUCACUCUCCUCGCCCCACCCGGGUCCGGCGAAGUGCGCCUGCGCACUACGCCCCCUCCCCCUCGGCUGGCAAGCACCCUACAGACAGGGAGAGAGGAGGCGAGAGAGGGCGGGGGAGACCAGGCGGCUGGAGCGCGGGCGAGGCGCGGGGCUGUCGGAGACGCUGCCUUCGCCGUCGCCGCCUCCGCCUCCGCCUCCGCCUCCAGCUGCUUGGCGGGACCAGCCGGACGGAGCCGGGCCGGGUCGAGGCGGUGUCAGCGGGCGCAGGCGGGAGCCCUCUUGGGAGGGCCCCUGACAGCCGGUAGUCCUCGGGCCCUUUUGCUCAAUUGGGGGGGGGGAGGGAGAGCGGCCGUUGCUAGGCAACACUCGCCUCGACCCGCCUUCCCUCCCUCCCUCCCUCCCUUCCUUCCUCCCUCUCUCGGCCCUCGAGCCCCUCUCCUCGCGCUCGGCCCCUCCGCGCGGGCCAGGGGAGCAUGCCCCCCUGGCCGGGCUGCGGCCCGCGCAGCACGCCUGGGAGGAGGGGCCAGGGGCGCGCCCCCCUCCCCUGCUGAGCGCGGCCCCGCCCCCGAGCCGUGCCAUGGCCCCCCCGCCCGGCGGCCCGGGAGCCCCCGGCUCCCCACCAGCCUCACGGCUGGAUCAGUGAGCCCGGGAGUCGCCUGCUCGCCGCCCGCCACCCCCAGCCUCCCUCCUCAAACCCCGGCUGGCACCAUGGGAUGUAACAUGUGUGUGGUCCAGAAGCCAGAGGAGCAGUACAAAGUGAUGCUUCAGGUGAAUGGAAAGGAGCAAACCUUGGAAGCACUGCGCUCCUCCAAGGAGCCCCUGGUGAUCCAGGUGCUAAGACGAAGUCCCCGGCUCCGGGGGGACAGCUCCUGCAACGACCUGCAGCUGGUGGACAGUGGGACUCAGACUGACAUCACCUUCGAGCAUGUCAUGGCGCUGGGCAAGCUGCGCCCUCCCACUCCGCCCAUGGUCAUCCUGGAGCCCCCCCCCAUCGGCCAUGAGUAUUAUGACCCAGCGGAGUUCAUGGAGGGCAGCCAGCAGGAGGCAGACCGUGUGGAUGAGCUGGAGUAUGAGGAGGUGGAGCUGUAUAAAGCCAGCCACCAGGACAAACUGGGCUUGAUGGUUUGCUACCGAACAGAUGACGAAGAGGAUCUGGGGAUCUACGUUGGAGAGGUAAAUCCCAACAGCAUCGCAGCCAAAGACGGCCGGAUCCGAGAAGGGGACCGCAUCAUCCAGAUAAAUGGCAUGGAUGUCCAGAACCGGGAGGAAGCAGUGGCCAUCCUGACCCAGGAGGAGAACACCAACAUUUCACUGCUUGUGGCCCGGCCUGAGAUGGAGCUGACCAAGCGGUGGAAGGACAGUGACCGUGAGGACUUCCUAGACGACUUUGGCUCCGAGAACGAGGGGGAACUGCCGGUCCAAAAACUUAAAUCCCCCUCUGCUUACCAGCUUGAAAAUGAAGAUGGAAAGGGGACUUCUGGCCCAGGCCCAGGCCUGAACAAUAGCCAAGAACUGGACAGUGGGGUAGGCCGGACAGAUGAAAGCACUCGAAAUGAAGAGAGCUCUGAACAUGAUCUGCUGGGAGAUGAGGCCCCAAGCACCACAAACACUCCCGGAAGUCUGCGUAAAUUUGGCCUCCAAGGUGAUGCCCUGCAGAGCCGGGACUUCCACUUCAGCAUGGACUCCCUCCUGGCUGAGGGAGCCGGGCUGGGCGGUGGGGACGUGCCGGGUCUCACUGAUGAGGAGUAUGAGCGUUAUCGGGAGCUGCUGGAAAUCAAAUGUCACUUAGAGAAUGGCAACCAGCUGGGGCUCUUCUUCCCCAGGGCAGGAGGGGGCAACAGCUCUCUGGACGUCAACCGCAACGAGAGCCUUGGCCACGAGAUGGCCAUGCUCGAGGAGGAGCUGAGACACCUGGAAUUCAAGUGUAGGAACAUACUGCGAGCCCAGAAGAUGCAGCAGCUCCGGGAAAGGUGCAUGAAGGCCUGGCUGCUGGAGGAGGAGAGCCUCUAUGACUUUGGGGCCAGCGAGCCGAAGAAACAUGAACUCUCGGACAUCACCGAGCUGCCGGAGAAAUCUGACAAAGACAGCACCAGCGCCUAUAAUACUGGCGAAAGCUGCCGCAGCACUCCACUACUCAUGGAGCCCCUGCUGGAGAGCCCCUUGAGACGGGUCACCGACACCAUCUUCAAGGCCGCUUGCUUAGGAGCCGAGAAGGCUGCCCCGGGGAACUCAAACCUCAACCAGACCAUCGCCGGCCCCCACAAGGCUGGCCCCCCAGACGGGAGCCCUGCCAAGUUCCGGUCCCUCUCCCGUGAUGGCGAGGUUUGCCAGAGGCAGCAUGCCGAUGACCGACUCCGCCGCAGCCCUAAGGCCGGAGGGACGUUGGAGCAGGUGGGAGCAGAAGGCAGUCCGUACCUCUCCAGGCGCCACCGGGUGCAGGGCCAAGCGAGUGAGCGCUACCACAGUUGUGUGCAGCUGAGUCAGGCCCGGGGCCUGGAGGAACUGAGUCACAACCCGCUGAGCUUGGCUAGCAUGUGCAAGGACUCCCUAGCCAGCCCCAAAGUCGGAGGGGCAGAAGCCCCACGCAUGGAAUGGAAGGUGAAGGUACGAAGCGACGGAACUCGCUACGUAGCCAAACGCCCGGUGCGUGACCGGCUCCUGAAGGCCCGGGCCCUAAAGAUCCGUGAGGAACGCAGCGGCAUGACCACGGAUGAUGAUGCGGUGAGUGAGAUGAAGAUGGGGCGGUACUGGAGCAAGGAAGAACGAAAGCAACAUUUGAUCCGGGCCCGAGAGCAGCGGAAACGGCGGGAAUUCAUGAUGCAGAGCCGGCUGGAGUGCUUGAAGGAGCAGCAGAACAGCGAGAGCAAGCACGAGCUCAACAUCAUCGCGCUGAGCCACCGCAAGACCAUGAAGAAGAGGAACAAGAAGAUCCUGGACAACUGGAUUACUAUACAAGAGAUGCUGGCCCAUGGAACCCGCUCAGCUGAUGGAAAGAGGGUCUAUAACCCUCUCCUUUCCGUCACCACCGUGUGAGGCUCCUGCCAGGCCUCUAACUGAGCUACCCAGUGCUCUCCCUCCAUAGCACACCCAGUCCCAUGAAUCUCCUGCUUCACAAACCCGUUCCCUUGGAGACUGGGGAGUGGGGUGUGAAGUGUGUGUGUGUGUGUGUGUGUGUGUGUGUGUGUGUGUGUGCAUGUGUGUAUAAAACCCAAGUGUGCAUACCCAAGUUCAUUAUUAAGGCAUUGGGCCUGCUGCGUGUGUGUGUGUGUGUGUGUGUGUGUGUGUGUGUGUGUGUAAGAAGUCCAAUUUAUCUGCACACCUAAAGUCAACAUUAAGGCACCAGGCCUGCUGUGUGUGUGUGUGUGUG